AUGGUGGAAAUUAGAAAUAUAUUAUUAAUAGGUAGCGCUGGUAAAGGAAAGUCUACUUUAGCAAACGUUUUAACUGAAACUAAUGAAUUUGAAGAAAGUGAAGGUCGCAUUCAUGGGACUAAAGAAUCAAAAUCUAAAGAAUUUGAAUACGAAGGAAUAAAAUAUCAAGAGGAAAUUGAAGCUUUCAAUUUACUUAGCAAAGUUAUUUUUGAUGAUAAAGAAACUAAAAAAUUUUCAGAACAACUUGCUCAUACCAAAAUUAUCUAUGUAGAUAAUCCACCGGCAAAAGGCCGUUAUUUGUCAAUUUCUAAAGGAUCAAGAGAAGAAUCUCGCAAAAAAUUAUUAACACAUUUAAAAACUUGGCAAGAA